CUAGGUGUCCAAAUAUGUUCAUUUAUCAUCUGGAUUGGAUUAAGCAUAGCUAUGAUUGUAAUGGGUGCUGUAUAUAAAGACAAAUGCCCCAUCCAGCCCUACAUACCUAUCUUUCUGAUGGUGACAGGAGCCACACACUUAGCAGCUUUUCUUAUAUUGCUUGUCAGAUCUGUAUUUGAGACCUGCAGCAUGAUUCUAGAAGGUCUGAUAGGAACAUUCAGCUUUGCUUGGUUUAUAACAGGUAGUGUCUGGGUCUUUAAGAUAUACAAAGAAUAUGAAGGACAAUGUGACAAGGAUCUUUAUUUAUUUGCUUUUGGAAUCCUGCUAUGUGAAUAUGUGCUGAUCGGAUUAGCCCUGCUUUGUCCAUGUUUCUGCGGUACUCCUAGAGCAUAUUUUUAUGAGAGG